GUCAUAGACAGUGACAUCAGGGGGCGUGGCCGUGGUUGAGGACGUGCACAUAAACCGCAGGCAAAAUAGAUAAUAAAAUUACAUCUCCAUUUUGUCUCCUUCACUUAGUGCAUGGAGAAACUUCAGCUGCUUCUUCUGCUGCUGCUUCUUCUUCAUCUUGGAACUCGGGACGUUUUGCAACUAGACUCACCAUAAAAAGAGGCGUGGCGGAAUUUGAGCCUCGGCCAUGCAGCCGCAGCAGCGUCUUCUCAAAGUGCUGGUCAUCGGCGACCUGGGGGUGGGCAAGACCUCCAUCAUCAAGCGCUACGUGCACCAGGUGUUCUCCCAGCAUUACCGGGCCACCAUCGGCGUGGAUUUUGCUCUCAAAGUGCUCCAGUGGGACCAUGCCACGGUGGUGCGUCUGCAGCUGUGGGACAUUGCCGGACAGGAGAGAUAUGGCAACAUGACCCGUGUUUACUACAAAGAAGCCGUCGGUGCUCUGGUUGUCUUCGACAUGACCCGAAUAUCUACCUUCCAGGCUGUCCUCAAGUGGAAAGGAGACCUGGACUCCAAGGUUGCCCUAAGCAACGGGAGGCCGGUUCCGGCUGUCCUCUUGGCCAACAAAUGUGACCAGCGGUGCCUCGGUUUGUGCCCCAAACUCCCCAAACUGGAGAAUUUCUCCAGGGAUUACGGCUUUGUGGGCUGGUUUGAAACCUCAGCCAAGGACAACACGAACAUCGACGCGGCCAUCUUGUGCCUGGUGAAGAACAUCAUGGCGGUCGAGGAGGAGUGUGCGUCCAAGAGCGAGGCCGACGGCGGCGUCUUGGUGCUGCCGCGCUUGGACUACGGCGCCGGUGACAGGCCGCUAUCGAAAUGCUCCGGAUGUUCUGGACUCAAGGCCCGUGACAAACAUGGUGACUAAAUCUCAAGCAAGAGACUGACGCUACCUUUCAAUGACUAUUUAUUUAUCUUGUUGCUAUGGACGUUUCUCAUCUGGAGUGGGGUCAAGAUUUCAAUAAAGCAGUGCCUUAAAAUAGUGGUGCGCUUCAGACCAUAGCCGCUAGAUGACGCCAAUAAACUUC